UUGCAAAGCAGAGCAUCGCAUCUCCGCGCAUCGCUUGUUGGAUUGUUUUUGUCACGGAGUUCACAGAAACAACAAGCCGCAGUGGGAAGAGUGAGGCGAGCUCAGUGUCACCAUCCUGAGCCAAGGCUCCAUCUUCUGUCUUUCUGUUGGAAUCUAAGUGCUUGGCGUGAUCCUUAAGCUGAACAGAGAACUGCCCCGGCCUCCCUUUUUAGCUCAACCCCUGCGCUAUGAGCAGAGGUAGAGGAGGGCCUUACAAAGAACAUUUCAACAGACGCCCACCUUCCCACCCACAGGCCAAGGAGAACUACCACAGAUCAGUUCAGACCCAAUUUUUUCAUGGAGACAACCCAGACCUGAUCCAAAACCAAAAUUACUACAACUAUCCUGGAGGGGCCCUUCAGCCGCCACCUCCUCUGCUCCCAUCAGCUCCCUUUAUACCAAGCCACUCUAGAUUGGUUGCUGGUUCUGACUACAAACAUAACCAAAGUCAGGGCAGCAGCCCAGCUCCAAAUUCCUUCCUUUGUAAACAAGCAGAAUUUCUCAGAGGGCAGAGCACCGAGGCGCCGCAGUUCAGAUCCAGCCAACGAGGCGGCGGCGCACCAUUCAACAGGUCAUCUAGUUCUACAUGCCAGUCACCAUCAGGCUAUAUUAGAUAUUCAAACCCAGGCAGCAGUCCUAGAGGUCGAGGGGGCUACGGCCCUAACCAGAUUUUUCGAUACUCUUCAGGUCCAAGAGCAACUGGAGGGGCCCUGGGCCCUCGAUUACAAACUCAAAACCAGUUUCAAGGCAAAACCAAUUGUAAUCAGUCAUCCAACAGACAAUGUUGGCCCCAGAGAGAGUCUCUCUGUGACCGUUUUCAGAAUCUGUCUUUUCAACAAGCUCAGUCUAGCCGAGGUAGAGAGAGGUUUGACAGAUACCAGGUCCCCAGCAGCUCAAUAGAGUCGAGGUUAGAAAGAGUUCACAUCACCUUUACGCCAGACAUACAGGAGCAGGUGCACAGAACUUUGGCUGGUUUGAAGUCAGGUGAGAGGAUCUCUGCUAAAGUAUUAGCUAAAAAAAUUCAUUUACCCAAAAAGACAGUAAACAAGGCUCUCUACUCUUUGGAGCGGUCACAAAGAGCUUAUAAGCAAGAAGUCCUACCUCCACUGUGGAGUUUGUACAGGGCGGAAGGAGAUUACGUCUCUGACAGCAAAAGUCCAGCUUCCUAUCUGUGUUUUGGUCCAGAACAUCCACAAACAGCUGAAACAGAGGUUGACCCGGAAAAGGAAAACAAGGGGCAGGUCAAAGAAGAGAACUCUGAUACAGAAUCAAAUUCUUCUUACAGCUCAUCUUCAGAGACUUCUGACUGUGAAAAAGCCCAGUCAGCAGCAGAAAGUCAGAACGAAAAAGAUCGUCCAAACACAACCAGCUCCAUCCAUCAGGAGGCUAAUUGUCCCGUCAUGGCAAACUGUAAAGAGCAGAUUUUACAAUUUCUUCUGGAUGUAGGAGAGGCAACUGCUCUUGUCAUAGCCAAAAAUCUGGGACUUAAAACUGCCAAGCAGAUCAACCCCACCCUCUAUGCUUUGGAGAAGCAAGGUGAAGUCAAAAGGGAUAGUGACGUUACUCCUCCAAAAUGGAUGCUUUCUGCACACCGGAAAGAGAGGAUGGAAAGGAGCUUAAAAAUUGCAAAGAGUGCCUCCGUUUUUGGGAGUCAUAUGGGAAUGGAAAUCUGUCAAGAGGAGGAUACUGCAAGUGCCGAUUUCCUAUCGACCUUACCUCCUAUACCAGGACUUGAGCCUUUACCACUGCUGGAAGAUUUGCUGCCAGAGCAAAGUCAAAGUACUGAGCUACCUGUAUUGUUGAGUGAGGACAAAGCUCCUGGUGAGCAACUGUGGGCCUCUGAUGAAAUCCCAGAGUACCUCAACGCAAUCCGGCGAGAAACCGAUGCAAAGAAAAUGGCAGACCAGCAGGGCGGAGCUGUGGGAACCGUCGCUGUGUCGGUGGCUGCACCACCUCCUCCAAAUCUGUGGGCCAAAUUACAGGAAGUGAGGCUGAAGAACCCCGUCAGUGGCCUCAUGGAGUAUGCCCAGUAUUUGGGCCAAAACUGCGAGUUCCAGCUCCUCGACCAGUCAGGACCCUCUCAUGACCCAAGAUUUCGCAUGCAGGUGAUGUUGAAUGGGAAGCUGUUUCCCAUUGCAGAAGCUUCCAGUAAGAAGGUCGCUAAGAAGGAUGCUGCAGCCGCCGCGCUGCGCAUCCUUAUCGGAGAGAGUCAGGGAGGACCAGGUCCGCUGGAGGAGGGAAAUGCUGCCGGUGUUGACCAAAUGUUGGAUAUACUUCCAGAAACAAGCGGUUCUGUUGAAAAUAUGUCGGGAACCUUCGGGUCGAACAGUGUCGAAGUACCAGGGGAAGGACCUCGACAGCCGCUAUCCCGGUCUCUGCCUGGUGGGAAGAAUCCAGUGUCUGUCCUAAUGGAGUACAGCCAGCGCAGUGGAAACUCCAUCGAAUUCAUCAACACUGGGCAGGCAGGCCCACCACAUGACCCAAGGUUCAUGUUCAGAGUGAAAGUUGGAGACAUGACGUUUGCUGAGGCCUCAGCUCCAAGUAAGAAGGCAGCACGUCAGCUGGCAGCAGAGGAGGCAGUUAAAGAGUUAAUGGCUGACGGAAAACUGCAAGUCAGCAAGCCUCAGUUGCCCCUUGGCCCGUCCUUUGAAGGAGAUGGAGGUGCUUUCAGAGCGACCUGUCCUUCUUUGCCUCCUCUAACAGCGAGUGAGUUGCAAGCUGCCCAUGAGGCAGGGGUCGGAGACCUCAUCAAUCACCUGAACAACAACGCCGUGUCAGGUCUGUUGGAAUAUGCCCGAGCUCGGGGCUUUGCUGCUGAGAUCCGCCUGGUGAGCCAGUCUGGACCCCCACAUGAUCCUAAGUUUACCUAUCAGGCGAAGCUGGGCGGCCGAUGGUUUCCUCCAGUUUGUGCCUCCAACAAGAAACAGGGAAAGCAGGAAGCAGCAGAUGCGGCACUGCGGGUUUUGAUUGGAGAAGCUGAGAGGGCAGCACGCACUGGAGAGCUUAUCCCUACUGAGCUGCCAGUAAGUGGCAGCACUUUGCACGACCAGAUAGCCAUGUUGAGCCACCAGCGUUUCAACGCCCUGACCACCCGCAUCCAGCACAGCCUUCUGGGACGCAAGAUUCUGGCCACCAUCGUCAUGAGAAGAGGGGAGGGACUGGGAACUGUUGUCAGCCUUGGAACUGGAAAUCGUUGUGUCAAAGGAGAGGAGCUGAGCCUCAAAGGGGAAACAGUAAAUGACUGCCAUGCUGAAAUCAUCUCCAGGAGAGGAUUUAUUCGGUUUCUGUACAGCGAGCUGCUCAAGCACUAUGAUGGAGCAGACGACAGCAUUUUUGAGCCCGCAGAGGAGAACAAACUCAAGAUCAAACCUGACAUUACCUUUCACCUCUACAUCAGCACGGCACCUUGUGGGGACGGAGCGCUGUUCGACAAGUCAUGUAGUGAGGCAGGAGAUGAAAUCGAGGGCCACAAGCCGCUUUUUGAGAACGCAAAGCAGGGCAAGCUUCGUACUAAAGUGGAGAAUGGUGAGGGGACCAUCCCGGUGGAGUCGAGUGCCAUUGUCCCCACCUGGGACGGCAUCCAGCAUGGUGAAAGGCUGCGGACCAUGAGCUGCAGUGAUAAGAUUCUGCGCUGGAACGUGCUGGGCCUGCAGGGGGCACUGCUCUCUCAUUUCUUGCACCCUAUCUACUUAAAGUCCAUCACCCUGGGCUAUCUGUACAGCCAUGGUCACCUGACACGUGCGGUCUGCUGCCGGCUGGCCAGGGACAGCGAAGCCUUCUCUCAGAAUCUCCCUCCUCCCUUCACCCUGAACCAUCCUGAGGUGGGAAGAGUGAGUGUGUAUGACUCCACCAGGCACACAGGCAAGACCAAGGAGUCCAGUGUGAACUGGAGCUUUCCAGACCAGCACAAUGUGGAGGUGCUGGAUGGGACCAAAGGGAAGCUAGACGGGAACAAACAGGCCAUGUCCCGCGUGUCCAAGUCCAACCUGUUCUGCCUGUUUCGCUCUCUGUGCCAGAGGUGCGGCCGCACAGACCUCCUCUCUCUGCCCUCCUACGCUCAGGCCAAGACGUCGGCCAUACCCUUCCAGCUUGCCAAGCAGCAGUUCUUUGAAGCUCUCUGCAUCCACGGCUACGGAGCCUGGAUUGGCAAGCCGCUGGAGGAGAAGAGCUUUGAGGUGUCAGAGGGAAACAGAAACAAUGGUGGGAGCCUCCCUCUGGGAGUUGGGAACAGUAAAAACGGAGGGCUAGUGGAGUACAAGCAGGCGGAGGCGUAGAUCCAUGCAGGGGGCUUAACUUCAGAAAUCUAAUUCAUCUGUGGGGAAAUGGAAAGAAAGGGUAGAUUAGGGAGAGGGGGCGGGGAAUGGAGACAUAAUAAAGUAAAAGUACAAUCAAACAGCACAAAGCCACUGGCCAGAACUGUGUCUUCUGACGGAACAUGGUUGAAGGCUGCAGUGAGAUUGAUGGGAAGGGACGGGACGAGUCAAGGGCAAAGCCUGAAGUAUGAAUGAGGUCACAGUUGUCAGGAUGGAGCUGGGUAGAGGUCCAGGGGCUGUACAGACCACUGUAAACACUACAUGCAAGAGGAACUUUCUGCAGUCAGUCUCCAUCUCUGUCAGCGCUGCACGGCUCAACUUCUGCAGUUUGUGUGCAGUUCUUUGCAUUAUGUUCCAGACCUGUAAUGUUAAUUGUUCUGUUGUUGGAGUGCAGACCAUAUUAUGUUUUCUUUUUGUAUUGUUGGAGCUGGUUUGUAAAAUAUGCUUUCUGCUGCUUUAAGUGGAAACUGCAAAACAAUCUGGACCAAGAUUAUUUCUGCUUAAUAAAUUGUUUUAUUAUCAUCAUUUGCAACAAAAGAAACAAAGUAAAUCUGGCCUAGUGUCACUCUGCAUUAUAGUAGUGAAUAUAAUUGCAAUUAAGGUAUAAAAAGAAACAAAGAAAACAGCAUAGUGGUCUUGCAUAAACCCCCCACCCCGCGAUCUUGGCGCGUUGCUCAGGAGGAACGCGGCAAAUGUGAUGGUGGCAGAGGGAUGUGGGGGGUUGUCCCGUUAGACCAUCAGUUCCUGAUACCAAACAAAAAAAAACUCAGAAAAGUUCACUCUGGGUAAGUGCAAUCCGGCGCACCUGUUUGGUCCAAAUGACCACGUCUCCGAAGUUCUACGGACAGUUAAAUUAAAGUUAGUGAUUUGCUCUGGCUGAAGUUUGGCAAAAAUGUUGCUUAGAAGCAGCUUUUGGGAAAGGUUUAAGGAAAAAGUGAUCCUCUCAACUCAUCUGCAAUGAGAAUGUGUCAGUUUAAGAUGUGCAAGUUUUAUAAUGCUUUGACCUACUGAUACAGACGUGUUUUACGACUGGUAACAUCUGAUGUAAGAAAAAAAACCUCUUAAGGGGUUGUUAAUGAUUAUUGGGACAUCACACCAAUCAGGGAGAGAACUCACUAUGAAGCAGGGCUUUCCUGACAAAACCCUGUUUUAUAGCGACAUAAGAUAAAAACAAAGUUAAUCAAGACAAAUACAGUAGAAUCUUUCCCAAGUAGAUUUUGCCACAAAAGACAAAGUGUGACUGGCUUAACAAAAAUAAUAUUUCUCGUAUAGAUUUCCAAGAAAACGUGGGUCCUUACCACAUAUUUAAGGUUUCCAAAAGCCAGCUGUUUCCAGGUUAUGUUCAGUUGAGAAAGGGUGAGAGACCUAAACAAUAAAACAGCAACUUUGAACAUGUUGAAAGUCUCCCUCUCAAUGAUUUCUUUCAAAUAGCUCCUUGCAUCUUUUAUUUUUAUUAUUUUAAAUACAUUACUGUUGGUAGGUGUUUUCCACUCAGUAAUGGUGUGCCCACAGAAGAGUGUGAGUAGGAAGGCCCGACUCAACUGGUUUUAGUCCAAGAGUCAAUUUAUCGGUGCAUUCCCAGUUGUGGUUCUGUUGAGAUCAGGUGCCAAUUUAGUACUGAUGUCUCAACCUGCUGCACACGCUACGCUAAUUAAGUUGAAGAUUUACUUUAAAACUGAUUUCCCUUCAUUACUGAUCAUUCAUGGGACAGUCAGUGACUAUGGAGAUGAAGGUAAAGUAUAAUUUUGUGUUGGGAAUAUAAAAUAGUGGUUUGCAGGAUGUAAUUCCCUACUUUUAAAGUCAAGUGUUUGACUUCUAAAGAUAAUUUUAUAGUUAAGUGUUUUUCUUCAUUUUAAAGGCCUAAGAAGCCGCCGCAAACUGACAGCAGGGUCGUCUUGGUGUUUUCAUCUUUUCAGUUGCUGUUUAAACCUGAACACAUUGCAUUGGCUCUGACCAGCAGAAACAAAGAUUGUUCUUUGUAAAUAUAUAUUUACAUCAAUCUCCCUUUAAGGCUGAGUUGCUGGUGUUUUAUUAUUUUAUUUAUAUUUGAUUUGAACAAUGUAUCGGCUUAAUUUGGUUUAAAGGAGAGAAAUUAUCGUUUUAUACUUAUAGCACAGUCCCCAAACUUUAACUGUACAUAGGAUCAAGUUUUAUCAGACACUGUAAGAUUGUGGUUGAAGCUCCUGUAUUUUUUUUUUUUUUCCGCUGAUAUGAUAUCUACCAGCUUGUUAGUUCCCUGCACAUCCUUUGACAUCUUGACUUCAUGGUUUUAAUUUCCUCCGUUUAGGUAAAAACCUUUGAUUGGUCUCGUGUGUCCUUUCCUUCAAACAUUUGCAGAGAAAUUACCAUGUCUCAGUCUGAAACAAGUACAAGUAUCACUGUUUCUAUGGCUCAUGUGGUUUAAGUCUUUUUAUUUUUUUCCUAAAUCUGUAAUUAUUGUUCUCGUAAUGUUUUUGAAAGCCUCAAAUGUUGCUUUUAGCUUCUGCAUGGGAAGCGGUUAGAUCUCGGACUCAGGAGAACUGCAAAGUCGGGAAACGUGGCGGUCUGUAAGGGGCGCUGUUUUCUUAAAUAAAACUGCUGAUGCAAUAUAUACAUGAGCUGUACACAAAUACAUGAGUACACAGACAUGCAGUGGGUUUCAAAAGCCUGAGUCUGGUGUCAGAAUCUUGUUUAAUGUGUUACUCUGAUUAUUUGGUAUUUGCUUUAACUAAUACUCCUAUGCAUAUAUGCCUAGGAGGUUUUUCUUUUUUCCAGGAAGGAAGAGCUAUGCAAGCACUAAGUGAUACUUCAGGCUGUUUAGUGUUGGUCUGCUGCCUCUACAGAACUAUUAGAUUCUUCUCUAUAUUUUUAAUUAUCUUAAGUUUUAAGUUGCUGUCUUGGAACAGAGAGCACCUUUUUUUUUUUUUUUUUGCAACAUUUAAUUUGGUUCUUAUAUUUCAGCUGUAACUGAUGGACUAUACCCUGUGAAUUAAACACAAUGUAGCAAUGCUAUUUAUGUAAAAUAAGAUCAUUUCAAGAAUAAAAAGGAAAUUUGAUGUCAGAUGGUGUAGGUCCUUGUAUUGGACUCAGACCUCUGGAUCCCACUGUAUGCAGCAAUAGAUGCCUGGAGUUUGAUGGUUGUUCACACGGUAUGUCUGUGUGUGUAUGUAUUUGUGUUUUUAAUGUAUAUAUUUUCUAAAAAUAAAAUAAAAUGGCUUUUUACAUUUUA